AAUGACCUCAAUCAUUCACAAGUUAGGUUUUGAAGCACAUCAUCGACAUAGAUACAUGUGUUGAGAAUUGAACGCUAUGGGGGCAUCAAUUGGGGCCAUCAUGCGUUUUCAACAGUACUCUGUGAGACAACAAGGCUAAAGAGGGAGGUUGACUAUGUGACAUGAAACUCUCUUUUUCGCGCUAUAUAAACCUCAUCACCUCCUUUUCAUUGAUCACCACUUGUUGAUCAGGGGCACCGUAGAUGAUGGGCAAGAAGAAGGCUUUGUUUCGACUCUUUGCUCUGCUACUGUGCUGUUCUUACCUCGUGUCUCUGAAUGCGGCGCCUCUAUCUCGCAGUACUACUCUCCAAAGCAUUUCAGGUUAUAAUCAGCAGGGAGCUUCAGCGCAAGAGGCGAUGACUACGGAUCAGAUGGCAACGGAGGAGGAAGCGUUUGGAGAAGGGAGAAUGAGCCUGGAGGUUGAUGAUUAUCCUGGUUCUGGGGCAAACAACCGCCAUGAUCCAAAGAGUCCCGGGAAAGCUUAAGAUAUAUCUAAUGUUGUUCGACUAGAUUAUAUUAAUUUUAAAAGUGAUCGAAGGAGUACUAAGUGAAAGAUCAGUCGGAUCUUAGAGCUUCUUUGUAUUGUAGGAGUCGCGCGAGAGGCUUUAGUCAGUGUUAUAAGCUAAACUUAAUUAAAAGUUUAAUCACGUGUAAUUUGUAAUACUGUAGCCGGUUUUGGUUUGAAACCGUAUGUUGUGAUAUUAAUAAUUAGUACCCUAUUAAUUAGUUCUGCA